AUGGUUGGGUCUCUAAUCUUCCUUGAUAACAAGCACAUCUCUGUUAACCAAUUGCAAAUGGUGGAGGAUCGAAUUUUACAAUGCCAUAGUCAUAAUCUACCUGGUCCUCCAUCACCAUUGAUCGAAACAUACCUGAAGGAAACCAGUUCUUUGCAUGUGACCCUUGUAGGCUGGGCGUGUAAGUUAGACCUGAAACUUCUAAGUGUGUUGGUGGAGAGGUGGAGACCCAAUACGCAUACAUUCCAUCUUCUAUGCGGUGAGUGUACUAUACAGUUGGGGUUACCUGUGGACGUGUUGGUAGUUAGUGGGUUUGUUCAAUCUCUUGAUUGGGGAACCAUAUAUUACGAUCUUUUGGGUGUGGUUCUGGAGACGAUUUACGGAGGUCAGAUCAAAAUGGUUUGGCUACAAAAUAAUUUUGCGGAGCUGGCAGAGGAUUCUACUCAAGAGAGAAAUGCUACGCUUAGGUGUACAUCUUUCAGAUUAUCGGGGGUGUUCUGA